CCGCAGAACGGUUUGAUUAAUAUUAAUGCGAUGUGUUGCACUUCUGGCAUUGCAUACACCGCUUCUACAGUCUUACUGGCGGCGUGUCUCUACACUGCAUAUUUCAUUCUCCACGAUUGGCGCAUUCAGCAUUAUAUGAUCCUUCUUGCCUGGAUGUUCACGAUAGCCGGGGCCAUAACACUCGCUGGCAUACACAAUGGCACCGUGAACAAUGCUACUUGGGAAAUUCUUGUUGCCAACCUAGUUGUCAUCCCAGGCACAGUCCUUGCCAAACUGGUGACCUGUGUCAUCUACUACGCGGUAUUGGAAAGGCUUUGGUAUCGAUACCCCGCCUUUGCCAUCUGGACUGUGGCGUCUUUGAUAACCUGCCCCUUCGCCGCUCUGUGGGUAGUUCUCUUGCUUGAAGUUAUCGAGUGUGAACAGCCUCAGGUUCCCUGCUCGCUUCACCUUGGCAGAGUUUAUGCUAUCUAUGUGGCACAAGCGGUUAUCGGGGCUUUGGCAGACAUGGUAUUUAUGUUUUCUAUGCUAGCUUACACCCUUCGCAAUACCAAGUCGCGGAAUAAUAGAAUGAGAGUAGUUGUUUCUGUCGGCAGCGGGAUAUUCCCGCUAGGGGCUGUUGUGGGCCGGUUUGUCAUUCUGGUCAUUGGUCUCAAAAACAAUGACUCAACGCCCUUGUUGGCAAAUGGCAUAUUGCUUUUAUCAAUUGAAAGCAAU